GUUCGCGCAACUGCGGUCGCACACAAGCGCGAUAAGGCGCCCGUUAUCCCCCGGCUAGAGGUCUCUGAGCGAGCGAGCGAGCGAUACGUGCAAGGAAGGGUCGACCGGAAAUUGGCCGCAAGUGCCGAGCAGGAUAACGACGAUGGACGUCGGAAAGGAGGAAAGAAGAGCCACCUGGUGAACGAAAGGCGUCGUGAACGUCGUGAGGCGCGGGUACCGUCUGGCUGUGGCGCGCGCGCUAGUGUGAAUGUGUAUAUGUGACAAGUGUGACCGUUCGCCAAAGUUUCGCGGCUCGACGAAGGGCGGGGGUGUGAGCCGAGGUGAGCCGUAACGCCCGAGAUGGGUGUUUAACCUCGCGACGACCUGGCCGAUUUUACGAGGGCGUUCUCCGUCCGCGCCGAUAAGGAGGUAGGCACCGCCGUCAGCUGGGAAAACGGUUCUCGUGGGUGUGUAACCGCCCGCUCGGGGACGAUCGACUGCGUGGGCGUCUGGCGGUAGAGGCGCGCCGAGGAGCGCCAUUGUCGUGUCGGCUGCCACGUGAAUCGUCGUCAGCGAGUCCGAAGGAGGAGGUAUCGUCGCCUGGUGUGAGAUACAUCCGCGACAUUUAUUAUGUGCCACGGGGUGCGCGAAGACCGAGUCGUCGGAGAGCGGAGUCCCAUUUAGCGGCAACCCAGUGACCCGUUUUCCUUUUCAAUCGAUGCGGUUCGAAAGAGUUUCGAAGGGCCAGAAGGACGCAGCCAUUAUCUGCUGACGGAAUCUAACGGGGGGAUACGCGUAGCGUCCGAUGGUGCAUUCGGGCGGCGCAGCGCGUGAGGCCCGGCCGCAAGAGAGAAUGCGAGAGCCUCCUCACAGCCUGUGAACAUGAUUUGUCAUACACAUGCGACGGGCGGUAAUCGUACGACGAGAGACACCGACGACGACGACGAGGACGACGACGACGACACCUGCUGCCUUGCCUCGAGCGCUCGCAUGAGACUGCCCGACUGUCUUGGAACGCAACAACGUGAGAGCGCGACGUCCGAACAGCGUCGUCUCCUCCUAGAGCGGGCGAAGUCAUCCUUCCGUCGCGAUUGCCGCCCUGCCCGCAAGCUGUCCGCGACGACGACGGUGCUACGACGACAUAAUCCCGGUGCGUCGGAGGCGCUCGCUUACCCGCGUCGCGUCGGUGCGGUGGUGCGGUCACCGGGUGUCGGAUGACUUCCCCAGGACAACAACCGUGCCUCGUAGUCGUAGAACACGGGUGUACCCGGCAGUAUCGUCCGUCGAGCGUCGUAGAAGCGCGCGGAAGGAGCCCGACGUGUCGACGACGUUGCUGGUGCGCCGGUUUGCCUCCCCGCGUCGCGGCCAACUCCUCCUCGCGUAUCCACGUCGUAACCCCCGUGCAGCCGCGUACCUCGUCGCCACCGUGAUGGCGGAGCUACCCGACAUAUCGCACCUCACCCCCGAGGAGAGGCGCAUCAUAGAGAAUGUUAUGAUGCGGCAGAAGCAGGAGGAGGAACAGGAGAAUGAGAUCAUGAGACGAAAGCAGGAUGAGGUGCAGGUCCUUGAGGAAACGAUACGGAUGCGUUCGGAGAAACACAAGAAGGCGGGAGUGGAGCUGAACGCUACAUGUCACAUAUGCCUGAAAACCAAGUUCGCCGACGGCGUCGGCCACAUCUGCAACUACUGCGACAUCCGGUGCUGUGCACGCUGCGGCGGAAAGGUCACUCUACGGUCAAGCAAGGUGAUAUGGGUGUGCAUACUGUGCCGGAAGAAGCAGGAACUUCUUUCGAAGACCGGACAAUGGAUGACAAAGACUGGGCUCGCCGCCGCGGACAGCGCGAUGCUGCGACAAAUGCAGGAGGACAUGCAGGUGGGUGGUCCUCAGGGACUCGCGGACCAAACUCAGGAUAAAAGACCGAAACUCGAGAGGGCGCACAGCGCGGCUGAGAAAGAGAAUUUGCCGUUGUUACAGAGAAGCGGAAACUGUCUGCUCAGGAGACAGUACUCCCAGCAGGAGCAGAUCACAGGCCGCCGAAUGUCCACCAGCGACAGCGGGGUCGAGAUGUCAGUUUCGCCUCACGCGAGAACUUUGCCGACACCCCAUGUGGUGGUCGGCUCUUAUCCGGUGCAACAGACUCCGCGACACCCCGCUACCUUCCCCGACGACGAUCCUAAUUUAUACCGAGGCGAGAUCGACGGUCUGAUGAGGCAACACUCGCAAAACUAUCAGAGGCAACGGACGACCUAUCCGGAUCAGGGUGCCGAUCUCGGGAUGACUUACGGCCAAACGACGGUAGAAUCCGCUCCCGUUCGGGCCGCGAUGCAGCAGCACUCGAUGCAUCAGACACAAGGCGGGCAUCCCGCUCAGCCCGCCUCGACGGUGGGCGUUCAGCAACAAAGGAGUUUCAGCAGCAGCGAAGAGGAACGGAGCACGCCGGAGUGCGCCAGCGACGAGCCGGACGAGUCGGAGAAGGGGAAGGGGUACUACCAUCACGCGGGAGGUCCGAAAUCGACGUCCAAUGGUGGGCGUAGGCACAACGGAUCCCACAAUGGGCAUCACGGUGCUGGCGCGAUGACCGUCGAGCAUAACGGCCACCAUCCACCGCGAGAGCCGCGAAAAGAAGAGAGCACCCUCGUCAGACGGAGCUUCCGCAGGUGCGGCGACGAGUGGCGCGCCGAUAGUAGGAGGUUCACGGAGAGGAGGGGGAAAAAGACAGUGCGUUUUGACGGUGGGACCAAUGUUGGCGGCCCUCAGGAGGAAUGGUCUUGGGAGGCCGAUCGACAGGGUAGUCAGGACAGCGCGACCAAAGACUCCGGCAUAGACACCUCUAGCACCUUCACGAGCAGUGAAGACAGCAACAGGGGCGAUCUGCCCAAGCAUCCGUUAUCCUGGCAAGUGAGCAGAGACGGUCAGAAGAUCAUCGGCCACAUGGUCUUGCGAAAAUCGGCAAAUCGGCAAUCCGGCACCGAGAGCGGUAGUAGUAUACUCGGACUAAAAGUUGUCGGUGGCAAACUACUGGAAGACGGUUCCAUGGGCGCUUUCAUCGAGAAGGUGAAAAAGGGUAGUACGGCGGACAUAGAAGGUCAACUUAGACCCGGUGACGAGGUGAUCAAGUGGAAUGGGAGGUCCCUCCAGGGCAAGAGCUUCGAUGUCGUUUCCGAGAUCAUCCGCGAGUCGAGGAUGGAGCCGCAAGUCGAGCUCGUAGUUUCGCGAAACUUGUCUUCGACGACAACAGGCGCGAUGCCCGCAGGACCGGGCCCGUCGACGCCGAUGGCAUCGAGGAGGAUCGUCGCUCAGAGUCAAUGGAGGCAGAAACACGAGACCAUCUCCGGACCUCAGCAGCCGCAUCACAAAGAAUUGUACGACGCGAGGCGUGAGAAACCGUCGGUUUUAGUGACGUCGCCCGGCUCGCCGGACCUGCAUGCCCAAGGACGCGGCCGACACUCCCGACAUCCGACCGGAAACGCGAACGUGGGCGGUAGUAUUCAGGUGAAGCUGGGUUUCGAUCCCGUAGGACUUCAGUUGAUCGUCACGAUAGUUUGCGCCGAGGGGCUCACACCGAGGAGCAACGGCCAGCCUAGAAAUCCCUACGCCAAAGUUUUCCUGCUGCCCGACAAAAGCGAGAAGUCGAAGCGGCGCACGAAGACCGUGGCGAAUACAAACGAUCCCAGAUGGAAUCAGAUUUUCGUUUACAAUGGAAUCAGGCGUACGGAACUGCGGAAAAGAGCAUUAGAGAUUACGGUGUGGGACUACGCGGGGAGGUACGAGGCGAACGAUUUCCUCGGCGAGGUUGUCCUGGAAUUGGCAGUAUGUCCUUUAUACGAGGAACCGGAAUGGCAUGCCCUGACCGCUCACGGGGAGCACCGGCACGUCGGGCAUUAUCAAGAUCCCGACGACAUGAUAGAUUGUCACCUCAGCCCGCCGUCGACCACCUCGAGAUUAAGCGAUUCCGACACCUCGGAGUGCGACAUCACGGACUGCGACGUGUCGAGGGAACAAAGAAGAACAGCCGAUGGUGCCAGCAUAAGUAGUAUCGGCAGUUCCUCUAGCCACUAUUCUAGCCCGCCGCCGGAGAGGGAGCUCUGCGUCGACGGUGAACACCGGAGUCGGAGGGACAUGUCGCCUCAAGGACGUAAAAGGGCCGCCCUCAUGAUAUCUCGCGACCAACCUGCCUCUAUAUCGGGUUACCAGACAUAUCGGAAGGACGACAUCCACCGGGGAAUGAUGGGUCAUAGGUCUCACAGCGCGGCACCUAUGGAUUCCCCGAGCGUUAGAUACCGAGGAAGGUCUCAGAGCCCCACUGGUCAUCGUUCCUUGUCUCCGCCCGAGCAUAGAUCCAUUCCCUACUCGCACGGAUACGUUUAUACGACGAGAUUCGGCUCAAGAUCGGCGACCGCCACCCCCACUGGAUCACCGAAGAAACGCCAACUACCUCAAAUCCCGGCAGCCUUGAAGGAGAGGGUCGCGCAAGAUCUGGAGGAGCGAGUGAGAUUCAUGAGGCAUCGCAACAGGCCGGCGCAUACGAUAUACCGAAGCACAGGUAUGGGAGGCUGGGAAAGGCAUUACAGUGGCCUCUCGGACUCAGAUCUCCCCUCGAUCGGGCACGAUCCGCUAACGUUGCCACACAGCCACGCUCACAGGAUGCACAGACCGCGAAAAGGACACUUGAGCCCCGACAAAGACGUGCUCGGUGAUCUCGGAGAUUCUGACAUGGAGAGCAUAGCCUCGGUAACGAGCAGUGCCUUUAGUACACAAUCGGAACGACCACGUGGAUCGAGAGCACUAAUCGAGUACGGCGGCCAGUCGAGCUCGUACGAGAAGACGUCCAGACACCAGGUCACCGACGACGACCGCGGCAAGAGGAGCCAGUUCACCAGGAGUCUCAGUAACGCCGACGUGCCGCAGGAUGAGAAAGACACGGGUAGUUUCAGCGAUACAGCGAUCGCGUUGAACGUCGAGGACGCGUCGAGGAGAGGUCGCAAGAGCUCGCCCGGCAGCAAGAGCGGCAGCGGCAGCAGCAGCGGCAGCGCCGUGCAGUACCAGGCCGGUCUCGGGAAGAAGAGCAACAGCACCAGCCAAUUGUCCGCGACAGAGUGCGGCAUUGGCGGGAUGCUCGUCGUUGGCGGAAGCGCUGGCGCUGUGGCACGCGGCUUUGCAAGCCGGAAGCGCAACAGCACGCCGAGCAGCAUACUACGAUCCGAGGAGAUCAUGCCGACCUAUCAGCGCUUUGACUCCGGCAAACCGGCAGGAUCGGCAGCCAGUGAUACCGCCGGAAGUCUCAACUCGAUUUCUAGUUCCGAAGGAAGCUCUUGGUCUCCGAGUCUGCGCAUGGCAGGCGAAACCGGGCAGUUGAGAGACUUCAUCGAAGAUCUCGGACCGGGCCAAGUGGUCGGGAGACAAGCUCUCGGCGCCCGUUGCCUCGGCGAGAUCCAAUUGUCGUUGAACCAGAAGAAGGGUUAUCUGGAGAUCGAGGUCAUACGUGCCAAAGACUUGAAAGCGAAACAAGGAAGUAAAGUGAUCCCAGCUCCUUACGUGAAGCUCUACGUGGUGAACGGCAAACGAUGCGUAGCGAAAGCGAAAACCGUGCCGGCUAGGAAGACUCUGGAUCCGUUCUAUCAGCAAUUGUUGGCUAUCAAGGAGAACUGUCGGGGUUGUAUAUUGCAGGUGACGGUGUGGGGUGACUACGGCCGGUUGGAAGGGAAAAAAGUGUUCAUGGGUAUUGCACAGAUCGUAUUGGACGAGCUGAACCUCAAUGACCCGGUGAUCGGCUGGUACAAGCUGUUCGGCACCACAUCCCUGGUCAGUGGACCUCCAUCCCUUGCUUUGUCCCGUCGAUCUUCGGCCACGUCUCUCGAUUCUUUUAAGAUCUAAGAUUGACCGAUAGCAUCACCGAAUUACAUUCCUUUUAUACGCGUCGAGAGGGGGGAUGAUACCUUGUUUCUGGGUUUUACUCGCAGUAGAGCGGAGCAGAAAGUAAACACACGGCUGAGUUGUUGCUCUCUCGGGUUCUUGAUCUUGCGGUUGCACUCUCUCUAACGUAGUCGCUUCUACCAUUAAUAAGAUAAGACACCGAAAAUUGCACGUGUCUCGAUGUAUAAGAUAGCGUCACCUACUUACCAAUCAGACCGACAUUAGAGAUCGAAAGUGGAAAAUCGUAAAGAAAAAAGGAAAAAAAAAUAAGAGACAAAGAGAUCGUUUUUAUUAUCUUAAGUUGCAUCACGCGACUCAUCGCUCGAUGAUAUUACACGUAUAGUAUGUCGAAUGUAACAUAUAUAAAUAUAUUAGAGGACAAACUUGUCGAGAGCUUGAUCUCUAACCGCUGUAUUCGCCAUAUCGACGUUAAGCAAAGCAUCGUAAUGACUCCCCGUAAUUGUAUCGUAAUCUCACACGCCCGUAUUCCUCGUUACGGUCCAUAAUGACUCUGAGAAGAAUUUUCUGUACGCAUACGCUGUGUAUUUGCCUCAGUUCGGCCGUCGAUGUCAAGUCUAAAAUUUGAUUGGCAAAUUGCGAACGUGUAUCGGUACUAGAAAUGUAAAAUUGCCGUUAGAUUCAAAGUGACAAUUAAUUACAAGACAGUAAGAUGGUAAUUUAUCGGUAAUUUUGGUAAAAUUCGUUGUUUUUCAUGGUCUCAUGCACAAGUAGGCUGCAUUUUUUCGUGUUUUCCGCAAGUUUAAUGCGUAAGUUAUAACAUUCUUUUUGUAUUCUCAUCGAAUAUACAUCUGUGUGUGCGUGCGUGCGUGCGUGUGUGUGUGUGUGUGUGUGUAAUAAUCAUAUAAUCUCCGAAAUGUCUUUCUGAUGGAAGAAACUAUAAUCCUUCGAAAGUUUUUAAAGUUUCCAUUUUUUAAGACACCACUAAACCACUUUUUAUACAAUUCCUUGUAUAUAAAAAAUAAAUUUUAGUAAGUAAAUUUUGCUAAAAAUUAGGAAAUUCGGGAAACAUGUAGCGAUGUAGCCAAUCAAUUUGCUGCUUUUCCGUAAAAGUCGCAAGUUGAUUGACUAUUAUGAGCGCAUCCUCAUAUGAGGCCUUUUUCCUCAUGAAUUGCUAAAAUUGCAUGUGAAAACAAGCCUUAUUAUCGCUGAAAUUUCCUCGGCCUGCUGUCUUUAUACAUAAUUUACAUAAAAAAAUGUUAGUUUUUCUAGUGUUGUGUACUUACUUUCCCAAUUAUUAUAUGCUAUAUAUAGUAUAUCAAUACAUAAUAUCAAAAUAUUUCAUGGAAAAUAUGAGUUAAAUAAAUUAUAACAUUCUUAGUAUUUUAUUCAUCUCAAAGGCUAAAUGCACCAUUUGUGCUUUACACCAAUGUUUUAUUUCUGUGAUUUUUUUCUAAAUUACCAUUUUACCAGCUUUACAAAAUUACCGGGUAAUUUACCAUAAUUUACUGAAUAAAUUACCAUCAGAUUAGAUAAUUGCUACACCGAAUUACGCUAGAGUUUCGCGAUUCCGCGUAUUUCCGGCUUCGUGGAGGGAAAGGGGCUACAGAGAAAGAAUAAAUUGUUACGGAUCGCGGGAAUUUUCGCGGGAGCGGCACGCGAUCGAAGAGCCAGGCGCGCUCUUUUUCGCGCAAGAACCGAGAUGCGGCAAUGCGAACGGAGCGAGAGAACGUACGAAAGGAUAUGUC